CAUUAUUGAAGUGUAGUAUAGAAUUUUCAAAAGUAGAUGAUUGAAGUGCUCUAUAUAAUAUAUUAAUUUUACUUUUGAAUAACCGGACGGAAUGUUUGUUUCUUUAAAAAUAACGUGUAGUUUAAGUUUAAUUAUGUUAAUGCUCUCGCUCACUAAAACACAAAGGCCAAUCAAUAAUAAAUAUUCACUAAUUAUGGAUACUGGUGGAUCUGAAAGGGAUUUAGCCGAAAUGAUUUCGGGAAAAAGCUAUGUCCCAUAUGUAUAUGAAAACCAAUUACCGAGAGGGACAAUUGUAACAAGUAACGAUAACGAUGUCACAUAUUUACUAUCUAAACUUUCUGAUGAAGAACUAUUAAGGCUGUUGAAUGAACAACCAGCUAAAACAGAAUACGAUCUUAAUGAUAUUGCAAAGGUUGCUGUUGGGUUGAAUGUAAAAAAACACAAAAAUAAUAAAAAACCACGUCUUAAUAAGUUGGAUGAACCUUUAAAAGAUGGUCCAGGGCAGAUGGGAUUCUUUAGAUUAGAAAAUAAAAGGGUUGUUCAUGAUGAUUCUGUUACAGAUGCGAAUUAUUUAGCACUGCAAAAGUUACAAAGUUUACUGUACGCUCGUCCACAACUUGAUGUUGACGAUCUUGACGAGAAGAGAAAAGAAUUACUAUUUGACGUUCUUGUCAACCAACUCAAAUUAUUAUGUUGUAAAAAGCCUGGAUCAAUAAAAACACCUAAUACCGGAUUUCAAAAAUUAAAAGGUAUGACCGAUAUGAAUCAGGACGGUUUGAACACAAAAAUACAGUCGGAAAAUCUAAAACCUCAAGAGUUUAUGUUUUUGGUUAUAAACGAAGAAAUCAGAAGUAACGUUAGUGAAGAAAUAAUUCUUGUCGACCCUGAUACUCUACAACAAAACAGCAGCAUUCUUUUAUUAGGUCCAAUCACUACUCCACUAACGAACAGUCAACUUAAAGUCAUUAUGAGGCGUUUAGAAAAUGAACUAACGAAACCAGAAUAUACUUCACUGCUACAAGAACUUUCUGAUGGCGUCUUGAGUGCAAAAAAUCACAAACUUAUAAAAAGUUUUAUUCAUGGACCACAUACUCGAAGAUACAUCAAACCCCACCGAUGCAAUCACCAAUCAAAACUUGCUAGGGUAUAUGGUGGUCCAAAGUGGUUAAUUUGUACAGGGUAUAUUAACUUAAACACACCUAGUUUGUAUGAUUAAAUAAAAGCUUAUAUACAUAUACUUAUUUAUAUCUUUGACAAUUAUUUUAAACUGCU